UCCCAGCAGCCAUUUCUGCGAGACAGGGACGUCUGGGCGGUGUUACGCAAGUUGCCAUCAGUGUUUGUACAGUUCACUGGUUCUUGUGCAGUUCCCCUCGUUUUUGAAACUUAAGAGGAUGGGUUUGUAGAGGGGGGUAAAUGGGCCCCGUAACAUAGUGACCUCCCGUUCUACAGAAUUCUGGGGGAGACGAUCACAUGACCAGUCUUGAGCCUAGAGUUCAAUAUCUCUCUUUGCAUUCUUUUGGGAGGCACCCUUUAUAUUAUAGAGCAUCCCCUGUCUCUGUUCAUAAAAGAAUACAAAAGCAGCAUCAGUGGUGUAGUCAAGACUGGGCAAGAUGCGGCCGCUCUUGUCAAGAUGGUGGUACCGGGCAGCGAAAACAACAGCAGGGGACUGGCAUGGGUUGUUGAAAGCUGGAGGGACUCUUGGGCGAGAAUCGAGGGGAGGCAGCUGCUUGCAGCCGAGCUUCUUCACGACCAGUCCGUGUAGUCUCAGCAGGGGCUCAGCUGACCCUGAUGAAAGCAAGCAGAAGAGUACUAAACCCCUGAAGGAGUGGACCCUGAUUGUCAACCCCUUUGGUCAACUGAAGGUGCGGCUCCCUUGCCAUGUCUCUGUGUGCCCCCUGGACCCACACAAGUACCCCAGUGCUGACAGGGUAUUUGUUACAAUGAGUGGGCUGAACACCACCAACCCUCAUUAUAGUGCGGACCUGGAUAAUUUGUGUGUGAAAUAUGAUGAGGUGCUAAAGGAAAUGGCUGUAAUCUCAGAUGAUCUGGACAGUAUGGCUUCUGUGGAUGUGAGGAUCCCCAUUAAAUUUGACUUGGAUAUCAAGACAUCGGGGAAUGGCUGCGUGAAGAUUGAGAAAAUGGAUUGUGAUAGAUGCAGAAUAGAAACAGAGAAGGGAACUAGCAUCUUGCAGUCAAUAAAGAGUCAGAAAAUUGACCUUCAGUCUAAAGGAGGGAAAGUGAUCUGCUUGGGAACUCUUCAGGGAAAUGCGGACAUACAUGUGUCACAAGAAAGUUGUGUGACUAUAGAAAAACUACAAGGGUCAUCAGUUAACAUUUCUACCGAAGAUGGUUUUUUAAAAACCAAAUAUCUUUAUGCAGAAUCUUCAUUUCUCUCUUCAGCAUCUGGUGACAUUCUCCUGGGGAAUGUUCAUGGUGACACAACCCUUCAAACGAGAACAGGAAAUAUCACAGUAGGUUCGUCCGAAGGAUUUCUCAAAGCUGCUACAUAUCAAGGGGAAGUAGACGUUUAUAGUAUUAGUCAAGUGGGGGAUGUGGAUCUGAAAUCUCAGCAAGGCUCAAUUACAGUCAAAGUACCAGCCACACUUAGAGCGUAUCUGCAGUUAUCUGGAAGCAAAGUUGAGGUGAGCCCACAGAUCCAGCUGCAGGAGACCCAGUAUGCCUUCAGAGAGGGUCAUAUAACUGUUACUGGCCAUAUGAAUGAAAAUGGAAAAAAAGAGAAAUGUAUUAAAGCCGAAACACAGAAUGGCACAGUUCAUCUCAAAAGUCAAACCUGGUUCCAGUCUGUGAAACUGAAGGCUCCAUGAUGGAGCAAUGAUCCUUAAAUAUAUAAACCAAGGAGCAACAAAUACAGGCUAUUGUAAAAUUAUGUUGUUACUGCUUUGGAGUGAACAUGGCGGGGUCUUAACCAGUAUUUGCAAAAUGUGUGUGCAUAAUGUGCUGCUGUACACUUUAGUUUGUGACUUUAAACUACUAUGCUUAGGAAUAAUGAAAAACUCUGUAGAUGCAUACAAAUACAUUUGGCUUCACUGAGAUGAAGGUUAAGCAAUAUUGGUGUGGGUGCUGUGGCAUUAAUGUGCCAUAAGUCACUAUACUCAAGGGGUCAAUGCCUAAAAAUUCCUCAGAUAACAAAUAGUCCAGGCUCUGUGUGUUCGGCUUUUUCUUACUUGUUCUUUAGACGGUGAGUAUCCUGGUCCUAUAUACAUAGAUCUGUUAUUUUGAAGAGAAGGAAGAAUUGCAAUAGCACUAAAAACAGAUCCAUAUCUUCAGCAAAAUCAUAAGACUGAGUCCUUCUGAGAUUAUGCCAUGUCAGACGUGCAGGUGGAAAAGUGUCAUGUAUCUAGAAUUCAAGAAUCUUAAGGAGGCCGACAAGUCUGGACCUUUCCCUGUGCUGUGUACGCAGCAUUUUUACUUUUUUUAAAAUGAGGGCGAGCAUUUUAAACAAAUACGAGUUUUCCCUGGAACGUAAAGUGGUACAGACUAACAAGAACUGUAUGAUGUGAUUUCACUAAACAUGUAACUAAGAAUCAGGGGUAUAACCUGAAUCUCUCUUGGAAUUCUUGGUGUUUCAGAAAUUUGGCAGUAUUCUUGAGGUCUGGCUGGGUGUGUUCCACAUACUUAUUUUCUAUUUCAUCAUUGGCUUUUCUUAAAACUGCACCAGUGUUCCCUCUAACAGGGAUUCCCAGAUGAUGUAGACUAUAACUCCCAUAAUCCCCAAGCAAAAACCAUUGCAGCUGGGAUUUCUGGGAGUUGUAGUCCACGAUAUCUGGGAAUCUCUGUUAGAGGGAACACUGAACUACACCUGCCACAACCUGAAACCACCGCCACCCCGCCAAAAAGAGAGAAUGUGUGACCAAUGCGAUGUUUUAAAUUUUAUAAGUUUGGUAAAGAGAGAGCACUAAGGUUACCUCUUCUGCAGCAAGACUAUCACUUCAAUUUCCCAGGGUGUGGUCUGAAGGCACCUGAUGCAGCAACCUUGCUGUAACUAAACAAGUUGGUCUAGUCAGUUUCUGGACAGGAGACUGGAAAUCAGAGGUAUGCUGCCUUGAGUAGCAUCAUGAAAGAAAGAUGGGAUAUCGGAUGUAAUAAGCAAAUAUUUAUUUUUAAUUUUCUAUGAAGAAUGUAUACUGUACAGGGCAGUAAGUGGAGCACACAAAUUGUAUAAUUGUCUAGAAACAAUUCAUGGGGCAGAACUACCUCAACAGAAGACACACUUGACAUUUGCAAAUUUAACUGCAUGUAUAAAUGUUGUGGUAUAUCUGGAGACACACUUUGUACCUAACAAAGUAGGCCUGCAAGGCCAAGAGCAUACUUUGAGUAGCACACAUGCACUCGGAAAAGCAUCCCUUGAUCAUCAGCAAGGUGUUUCCAAUAUAAUGAGCACUUUCAGAAUAUCGGUGCAAUACACAAGUAUUUGUGCUGUUGCAGAAAAACAUGCCAUUGGUGUUUCCCUGUGAGCCUGCAGCAGCAUGGGUGGAUCAGCACUGCCUGUGUUAUCUGUGCUGGAAAAUUCUGCACUUACUACAAGACAGAACUUUGUGCUAAAGUUUUCAGAAGAAUACAUUAACUUUAAAAUCUACAUUGCAGGUAAUUGCACAUAGAAUUGUGACACGCACAAAAGUUCUUACCUUUGAUAGACAAAAACAGGUCAAUUUGACAGAGGAAUUUUUGACCCCAGGUAUAACUUUUCCUACAUUGUAAUUAGGAAAGGAGGUAACAAUAUUUGCCAGGAAUACUUAUAACACUCAAAUUUUAAAACAAUCACUUUGCUAAGAACAUGUACCAAUAUCAAUAUAAUAAUAAAAAAAUAAAUUUCUGCCUUCAA